AUGCUGUACUCGGAUAACGCCACGAACUUUAAAGGCGCAACUUCCGAGCUUCAGCGCAUGCUGGCCAGCUCUUCAUUUGCUUCAAACAUCUCCGAGAAGCUGGCAGCUCAAGGGACGGACUGGUCCUUCAUCCCCCAACGAGCUCCUCAUUUUGGUGGGCUUUGGGAAGCCGCCGUCCGAAGUGCAAAGCAUCACCUCAAGCGCGUGAUCAGCGAGACCAGGCUCACCUUCGAGGAACUGUCGACGUUGUGCGCCAAAAUUGAGGCCUGCCUCAACUCAAGGCCUCUGUGCGCCUUGAGCAAUGAAGUUACGGGCGAGCUCGCCCUCACUCCGGCACAUUUCCUGGUCGGCUCUGCGCUGCUCUCUCACCCCGAGCCAUAUGACGAAGCGCAGAGCCCAAUGUCACCUUCCAACCGCUGGAAGCUACUUGUCGACCUUCAUAACUUAUUUUGGUCCAGCUGGAGAAAGGAGGUCCUGCAUCAGCAUCUCAAUCGAUGCAAGUGA